CAUCGCUAUAUUCUCAGCAAAUCGAAUUACUAUGUGAGCGACAAGACGAUAACUUCCCAUCGAAUUCUCAAAUCCGAUGCUUAAAAGUAAAUUACAACGUGAUCGAAACACGACGUCAGUUCCAUAAUAUGCUUGCCUGACAAUCAUCAAUCGAUCGCCAACCAAGACGUUGAGCAAGCACACGAGAAGAACAUUACAUGCAGAUCCCCAAGUUGUGGAGAAACCAAUACGACGCCGUCUCCUCCAACAAACAGGAAAAAAGGUUACACAGUCUGUAAUAAGAGUGGGAAAAGGACCAAAGUCAUCAGAACCCAGAAAUGGCAAAGCGUAAAGAGACCACCGCUCUCAAGUCUCCUCCCUUCUUCUUCACAACACACAUACACAGUACCAGAAACAGAAACGAAAUUAUCCAUUUCCAUUUCCCCAUUAUUUUCCCUUCUUCUGGUACAUUGCUUCCCGCGUUUUCCAUGCUCCUCCCCACUUCUGAGUAAUCCCCUUCUAUGGAGAAUGCGUGCAAGCCAAUACAAUAUACAAACCCUCUUCUUCCUAUUUCUUUCCUGUAUUUCCAUGGCUCUCAUCGCUUUCAAUUCUCUUCAAGCUUCGUCUUCCUCCCCACACCUCUAGUUUCCCCCCCACCACCCUCCCCCUGUCUCCGCAUUUAUUGAAAUCGAUCGAUUCCAGAUCUCUGAAUCUCCAUUAGUGGGUUUGGUUCCCUUUUCAUGGUCAGGCUUCGAGCCUUCCGAAUCUGGUUUUCCUUUUCUCCAGGGACCCAUCUCAAUCCCCACACACACACAUAGGUAUAUAUAGUUCCGAGCUGUAAACUGAUCCCUUCCCACCAUCCAAUCAAUUCUCCAGAUCUCUUAACAGCAAUGGGGAACCAAACUAGCAAGAAGCCCAACAACCUCUCCACGGAGCUGAGCUCGUACGAGGCCGCCUGCGCCGCCGACGCCGACCUCCGGUCCUUCGACACCACGCUGCAGGCGCGGACCAGCCACGUCAUCAACGCGCUCGCCGUCGGCGUCGAGGUCAGGGCCCUGUCGUUCGAUUCGCUCAGGGAAGUGACGGAGUGCCUGCUGGAGAUGAACCAGGAGGUCGUGAAGGUGAUACUCGACUGCAAGAGGGAUAUAUGGAAGAGCCAGGAGCUCUUCGAGCUCGUGGAGGAGUACUUCGACAACAGCCUCCACACCUUGGAUUUCUGCGCCGCCCUCGAGAAGUCGCUGAAGCGAGCCAGGGAUAACCAGCUUCUCCUCCUCGUCGCGCUCCAGCAGUUCGACGAAGAAUCGUCAUCGUCGAAAUCGGAAUCGGGAGAAUCGGGAUCCAAGGCUUCGUACAAGAGGACGCUGGAGGAGCUGAGGAAUUUCAAGGAAGCAGGGGAUCCUUUCACGGAGGAGUUCUAUACCCGGUUUCAGAACGUCCACAAGCAGCAGAUCCAGAUGCUGGAGAAGCUGCAGAGCAAGAAGCGGAAGCUGGACAAGAAAUUGAAGUCGAUCCACUCGUGGAGGAAGCUGUCGAGCAUCAUCUUCGUCGCCAGCUUCGCGGCGGUGCUGAUCUGUUCCGUCGUGGCGGCGGCGAUGGCGGCUCCUCCCGUGGCCGCCGCGCUGGCGGCGGCGACGUCGAUCCCGCUGGGGUCGAUGGGGAAGUGGAUCGACUCGCUGUGGCGGAACUACGAGAGCGCGGUGAAGGGGCAGAAGGAGCUCGUCGGGACAAUGCAGGUCGGGAGCUACGUCGCGAUCAAGGAUCUGGAGACGAUCCGCGUGAUGGUGGACCGGCUGGAGGUGGAGAUGGCGGCGGUGGAGAAGGCGGCGGAAUUUGCUACUCAGGAGGACGGCGGCGACGCGGCGGUGAAGAUUGGGAUCGAGGAGAUCAGGAAGAAGCUCGGCGGGUUCAUGAGGAAUGUGGAGGAGUUGGGGGUUCAGGCUGACGUGUGCAGCCGGGAUAUUCGACGGGCGAGGACCGUUGUUCUUCAGCGGAUCAUUAAGCAACCGAAUUAAAUUGAUUAAUCAGGAGAUUAACGGGUUGAUUAUGGCAACUGUGUAGCUUUGUUAAUAGUUUGUUAUUAUAGACCUGGUUGGGUGUUUCUUUCAUUCUUUGACGACUUGACUUAUUGUAGUAAGAUGGUUUGAAUUUAAUUAAUCAUUGAUUAUUGAAAAAAACACGUUUCUGCCUCUUUUUCUGUUACAACUUUUCUAUAUCAGAGAACAACAAACAAAAACCGUGUUACUUGCAAUUGAAAACACACGUUUCUGCCUCUUUUACUGCUCUUGAAUUUCUCGAAUAAGCGCAUCCAUCGACCAUCCAUCCUAUAGAGGAAGUUUCAUCUUCAUAUUCUCUGCAAAUCAAAUCACAAUGCGGGCAACAAGACGAUAAGUAUGAAUAACAGGAAGACAAAAAUGAACAUCAAGCUCUGAGGCACACCCACUUUCAUCGAGUUCUCAAAAUCCAGUGCUUAAAAGUAAUUACAAGGUGAUCGAAACAUGACAUCAGUUCGAUAAUACGCUGCCUGAUAAUCAUCGGUUGAUCACCAAGACGUUGAGCAAGUACACGAGAAACAUUACAGUAAACGAGACCGCUUUUCUAAAAGUUGAAGUCCCCAACUGCAAUUUGCAAAUUCGUUCAUUUCCAGCAGAUCAUCAAGUUGUCCUCAAUGGUGGAGAAACCAAUAUGACGCCGUCUCCUCUAACAAACAGAAAAGGUAUAUUGCGCUUCGUGUGCUGUAAUAAGAGGGGAAAAGGAUAAGUCGGAGCCUAGAAAUGGCAAGCGUAAGUGCAGAUGCUAUGCCUGACUGUCAAUCAGUAGCUAUCUAUAUUCGAGUAGUGUUUAUCAUCCAUUAGACUGAUCUAACACAGUUUUUUCAGUACGUCGCAGCCAAGGAAUUGUGGGCUAGUGUUCAAACAUGAUUCUGCACACAGACUUGCACGACUGUAACGCACUUUAGACACAACAUUGAUGCCACUUGUGAUGCUUCAUGCUAAUGCUUUGUGUUCACUUCACAUCCCUAUAUCAAACUAAAAUUUGCUGAUCACUAGAGUAGUUAAACAAAGAAGGCAUGCAGCGUUACCCUGAGAAUCUGUUCGUAAGUCUCGUCAUCGAUCUCUACUGUGGUCACAACUUCUUCAACGUCCCCCAGAAUCAUAUUCAAAUGCUGGUCAUAAGCCUGCAAAGCCAGAGACUAGUGCUUAAUUUAAUGUGGACCAAUUGAUAAAUCGCAGUUCCCAAAGUGAUGAACUCCAUGAUCCAGUGGGGGCAAUUUAUCAAGGAGAAUCACUACACUGGGUCAUGAAGUAACCGUUGCCAAAUAGAACAUCUGCAGCAAGUAAAAAGCAAUUCUUUAUCUGAUUUGUCGCAUCAUUUAACUGUUUCCUCUAGGCUGCUCCUAUGAACUACCUACAAGUUUGGAUCUUGUAACAAGUUAUCGCAUUAAGAUGAGUACCCUGGACAUAGGAUAAAGAAGAAACAUGAACAAUACUACAGCUAAAGAGUCACGAUCUCAAACUAUCCUAAACCCUAGAACAGCAUCCAGUAAACCUCUAGCUUUAAGUAUUACCAUGUUGCCAGAUAAAUGAACAAAUUCAGAAACGAUUUCCACACAUGGAUUAUCCCACUCCUCUCCUGUCUCUCCAAGAAUCUUAGCACCCCUAUUUGACCCAUACAUGCCUCUUUCACUCCAUUACUAUACCGAAGAAACCCCAGAAAUUGCAGGCUCUGCUCACGAACCCUAUCCAAAGUAUAUCUAGAAACGCAAUUAAACCAGAGCUGGAAAAUUCGCCGAAACCCUAGACACAACGAUCUAGCAAGCGAGAUAACUAAAGUCGAUAUUCGCAA